CCUUGUCCAGUCCAGGCGGCACAUGGCACUGUUUACCGGAGUCCCUGAAGACGCUCCGUGACGCACGUCUGAGCUGGCCAAUCCCAGGCGCCGGUGGGCGGGCUCUCGGGAUUUGAAAUCCAGUGCUGUGGUCUGUGCUGGGGAAGUGGAUGUGGAAGGCCAGCGAGCAAGCGAGCACAGCUCGUGUCUGUGGACACCUGUGGGGCCCCUGCCCCGGCCUCCGGCUUGGAGCCGAGGAGCAUCACGGCUGGUGCUGCUGCCCUCACCCAGGUUUCUCUGGACUCCUGAAGUUCUGUCUGGAAAUUUGUGUUGAUUGAAUUUUCUAUAAAAAGAAUUUUGGUGCCAUUGUCCUAUCAAGAUGAUUGUAACACCUUUGAAAGGUGCAGGAAUUCAUUUGUCUUCUGAGACAUUGCAAUGCAGUCUGCUUCAAAAUGCAGUCUUUCUUGAAAGCCUCCCUUCAGACACACUUACUCCUGUGAAAGAUUUGGUGAAAUAUCAGAAGUCCUCUUCAAAAUGGAACAGUCAUAAAAAGAAUCAGUUAUUAGAAAUAACAACUUCUAACAAUAAAAAUAUAUUUCACUCCACCAUGCUAACAGAGGCUUGCCCUUCAAACAGCUCUCUUGAUAUCAGUGUUAUAAUGCCCAACAUGGAUAGAUUAAGAAAUGAAAUGACUUAUGAAUCACCUGGAAAAAUAUUUCAGAGAAUGAAAGAGAAAGUACGGCGUGACAAACAAGAUAAACCAUCAAGGAACAGUAGCAUGAUGGGAUCACCAAAAUGGGACCAUAAAGUCCUUCCUCCUGACAGACACAAGAAAACUCUGUUGCAAGAUACCUAUAUCUGUGAGGAAAAAGAAAAUUCAUUCCAAUCCAAUAACCCUUCAUUGGGAGAUCCUCCAGUUCUGAACCAAGAAGAAAAAAGGGUUUCAAUUUCAUGCAUUUCAAGUAAGGCAUUAACUAGAGCCCAGUUUAACAGGCAAGAUCUUUAUUCAAAAGAGAAUCCUGUUAAAACUACUGUGUCCAAAAAGAACACAUUUGUUUUGGAAGGCAUUAAUUCUACUUAUGAAAAGAUCGAAAAUACUGAUGUUGACAGCAUUUGUGUUCCUAUUGAGAAUCAUAGCCAGUCUAUUACUGCUUAUAAUGAUGUGACAACAGAAAGGACUGCGAAAGAGGAUAUUACAGAACAAAAUGAAGAAACGAUGUCUAGGAGGACCUUUCUUCAAGAUCCCAUGAAGAAUACAUCUAAAAUGACACGUUCAAGUCCAAGACUUUAUUUAACACUAUCUGGCCAGUCUCAAAAACAACUUACAGAGCUUGAAACUAUUGCACGUGAAGUAAAAAAAUAUCAGGUAGUCCAGCUACAGGAAUGGAUGAUUAAAGUCAGCAGUAAUAACACUGCUAUAUGUGUACAAGGAAAGCUGGUAAAUAUGACUGAUGUUUAUUGGCAUAGUAAUAUAAUUAUAGAGCGGAUUAAACACAAUAAACUUAGGACCUUAUCAGGCACCAUUUAUAUUUUAAAAGGAUUGAUAGACCGGGUUUCCAUGAAAGAAGCAGGAUUUCCCCGUUACCUCACAUGGAAAUUUAUGUUUGGAUUCCCCCCAAAUUGGAAGGAACACAUUGAUAAUUUUCUAGAACAAUUAAGGGCUGGAGAAAAGAACAAGACUGGACAGAAAACUGCAAGAUUCCAAGAUAAACAGAAAUCAAUAAAAAAUCAUGCAGAAGAUAUACAAACAGAUGUCCUCCAAAAGGCCAACAUCACUUACGACCUUACUGAUGAUAGCUUAGAAAUGAAGAAAAAUCAGAACAGUGGGUUGCCAGGAGCUGCAGGAAUAAACACCAGAUAUAAAGACAGUUGUCGAAAGAAACCACAGGAAUUCAUUGGAAAGAAAAAUUGGAGAAAUUUUCCUUCAGAAAGCUGUGAAAAUUGCAAAGAGAUCAAUGAAAAGAAAAUUCAAAGUCAGAAGCAAGAGAGAACUGAAGUAUUAAAUGUACCCAUUGAUUCCUUGAACUCACUGGAACAGUCUACCUCCCAAAAAGAAAGAAGAUAUCUGCCUGUCGGUCAGAAGAAAGCUAUUGUUUUAGCAACACCACUUAGAACCACAAGGUCAAUAAAGCAAAGAUAUAUGGAGCACCAUCUCUAUAUUAAAGGAGUAAGAGAUUUUUCCAAAAAAAAGCAUCAAGAAGAAAGUGAAUCAGAGAUACAUAGAACUCCAAGUCCUACCAGUAAGUCCUUAGAGACCUUUGAACAUAGAGUGGAUUGUGAAGACAAUACCAAGGAGGACUGCAAUGACUGUGACAUGAUGACUGUCAAACAUACUCAGAUCCCUUGCGUGCAAAGUAAACAAAUGCUCGCCAAUGAUUUUAAGAAAAAGAACAAGUUGCCCUCGAAACUGCAGAAAACUAAAAAUCAAAUAGGUCUAUCAAAGUAUAGCCAGUCCUCAUCAAGUGAACAGAACGGAGUAGAAAUUAAAAGUAAAACCAGAGCAAGAAAAACAAAAGAAAGGCUGAAUCAGGAGAGAAAAAACAUCCCAAAAGAUAUCCUCCUUAUUUCAGAAUCUAAAGGUGAGAGUGAUUCUUAUAUCACACCAAAGAGACCUAGAUCUGUUGUUAAAGGAUCCCAUUACAAAGCUGGUGGUAGCAUGGACUUUCUAAUUGAAGCUAAGGAAUCUGCUACAGCUAAGAGGCAACAGUUAGACCAUCUACCUGGUGUAACUGAUGAUGGAAAAUGGAGUGAGCCAGAGUUACAGAAGCUUCAUCGUACUAGGAUACACUCUAAAAGGAGGAAAACGUUGGCUGACUGGAGCCCGAAAGAGGACUGUGACACAGAUUCCUGUUCCUACCACUCCAAAGCAGGACACAGGAUCCUUUACCUGGACUCCAGAGCAUCUGAAAGCCUUUAAGGAGAUCAAAAAGGCUUUACUUAGUGCCCCUGCUCUGGCUCUGCCGGAUCUAAGCCUUUUACUCUCUAUGUGGACAACAGAGCAGGGGUCGCUGGAGGAGUCCUAACUCAGACCCUGGCCUAUAGUCUACCUAUCAAAGAAAUUAGACCCAGUGGCCAGUGGGUGGCCAUCGUGCUUGAAAGCUAUCACUGCAGUAGCACUGCUCCUCAAAGACGCAGAUAAAUUGACUUUGGGACAGCAGACAAUCAUAGUAGCCCCCCAUGCCCUAGAAAGCAUCAUUAGGCAACCUCCAGAUUGUUGGAUGACUAACGCCUGCAUGACCCACUACCAGAGCCUCCUACUGACUGAGAGAGUGUUGUUUGCACCCCUGGCUAUCCUGAACCCUGCCACCCUACUGCCAGAAGCUGAUGAAUCUGCACCCAUACACCAGUGUAUGGACAUCCUAGUAGAAGAGCCUGGGACCAGGAAGGACCUCACUGACCAACUCUGGCCAGGAUGCCCUAGUUGGUACACGGAUGGCAGCAGGUUCGUGGUUGAAGUUAAGCAGAGAUCCAGGGUGGUGGUGGUAGAUGGAAGACAGACCAUCUGGGCCAGCAGUUUGCCUGAGGGGAUGUCAGGUCAGAAAGCAAAACUAAUUGCACUCAUCCAAGCUUUGAAACUGGCCGAGGGAAAAAAUAAUCAACAUCUACAUGGACAGCAGGUACGCCUUCGCCACCGCGCAUGUACACGGGGAUACUUAUAAGCAGAGGGGGCUACUUACGUCUACUGGAAAAGACAUUAAAAAUAAAGAAGAAAUUCUAAGCUUGCUGGAAGCCAUACAUCUACCAAAGAAAUUGGCCAUCAUACAUUGCCCUGGCCACCAAAAAGGACACGAUGCGGUGACCAAGAGAAACCAGAUGGCAGAUUCAGCAGCAAAACAGGUGGCUCAUUGGGCCAUGAUUACUCCAGUGGUAUCCAAAAAUGAAGAGACUAUAGAUGAUUAUGACAUCAGAGACACCAGUUUUAGAGAAGGCCACUCUGAUUACUAUGUGAUGGGACUAUCAGACAUUGCACAGGAGGUGGUCCAGAAUUGUAAUGCCUGUGCCCUGACUAAUGCUGGGCACCACAUGGGGACUUCUGGUAAGCGACUCCGAGGAGAUAGGCCAGGAGCCUAUUGGGAAGUAUACUUCACUGAAGUCAAACCAGCAAAAUAUGGUCAUAAAUAUUUACUAGUUUUCAUAGACACUUUUUCAGGUUGGGUAGAAGCACUUCCAACCAAACGGAGACAGCCAAUGUUGUGGCCAAAAAGAUUCUAGAAGAAAUAUUUCCAAGAUUUGGCAUUCCUAAGGUAAUUGGAUCAGACAAUUGCCCUGCCUUCAUUGCCCAGGUAAGUCAGGGACUGGGCACUCAACUGGGGAUCAAUUAGAAACUACAUUGUGCUUACAGACCCCAGAGCUCAGGACAGGUAGAGAGGAUGAAUAGAACCUUAAAAGAGACCUUCACUAAAUUAGCCUUAGAGACCAGCGGGAAGAAUUGGACCGCACUCCUGCCUGCCCUCCUGCCUUUUGCCUUGUUUCAGGUGUGAAACACCCCUGGGAAGUUCAAGCUCACUCUAUUCAAGCUACUCUUUGGGGGACCCCCCCUUAUCCGAAGCAGGGGGUGUUCUUGAUCCUGAUGCUUUUUUCCCCAACCCCUCUUUGCCUGCUUAAAGGCCCUUGGACUUGUCAGAAAAGACGCCUGGGAGCAGCUCAAGGAAGCUUACGAGCCAGGGACCACUGAAGUGCCCCACAAGUUCCAAGUGGGGGACUCUGUCCUGGUCCGUCACCACCGAGCUGGGAACCUUGAAGCCAGGUGGAAGGGACCUUAUCUGGUGCUCCUGACCAGCUGUUAAGGUUGACAGCAUUCCCACCUGGAUCCACGCCUCCCACAUCAAGGCCAUGACACCUACAGCCCAAGAUGGCACCUGGAAGCUGGAGCGUACUGAUGAUCCUCUUAAGCUGCGCCCUCCUCGCCUGCUCACCUCUGAUGAAGAAUAACAACCCUCAUCACCCUAUGACUCUCACAUGGCAAGUACUCUCCCAAACCAGAGACAUUGUCUGGAGCACCUCUAAGGUCACCCCUCUGGGGACCUGGUGGCCUGAUAUUACCUUAGAUCUCUGCCUAUUAAUGACCAGGUUGGAAACAUGGGAUAUCCCUGAGGUCAGACCUGAUGACCUGCUGGUGCUCUGGGAGGUUACUCCUUCCCAGAGGACGGCCUCCCUAGGCUGCGCUUACUGCAGUUAAGGCUUACCAAAUUUUACGUCUGUCCUCGAGACGGGCGGUCCAGGCAAGAGGCUAGAUGAUGUGGAGGCCUAGAACACUUUUAUUGUAAAGAAUGGAGCUGUGAGACCUCGGGAAAUGCUUAUUGGCAUCCCACCUCCUCAUGGGACUUAAUAACAGUGUCCAGAAACCAUUCGGGGCCUACCCAGUGCCCCCAGGGAGGAAGAUAGGUGCCCACUUCUAAAGCUACCUGCAAUUCGGGACCCUGCAAUCCCAUAGUAAUCCGAUUUACUUCACAGGGGAAAUUAUUCACCGAAUGGCCUAAAGGAUAAUGGUGGGGGAUCUGAUUCUAUGUAUCUGGAAUCGACCCCGGGGUAGUGUUCCAAAUAUGGUUAAAAAUAGAAAGCCCCCCAACAGUUCCUGUGGGACCCGCCGCCGUUCUAGCAGAACCAGGUCCUCCUAAGGCACCAGGGAGAGCCCGGCCAUUGACUUCCCCUCCUCCAAUCACAGAGACCCCGGUCCCUACUGCUAUGCCUCCCUCAAGGACAGCUCCACCUGCUCCUACCACAGGAGAUAGACUUUUUAAUUUGAUCCAAGGGGCCUUCACAGCCCUCAAGGUCACUAAUCCUGAUGCUACCACAUCCUGCUGGCUUUGCCUGGCUAUGGGCCCCCCUUAUUAUGAGGGGACUGCCAUUCCGGGUACCCCAACCAGCACCAUGGAUCAUAAUCAAUGCCCCUGGGGAGCAAAAAGCAAACUCACUCUUACUGAAGUUUCUGUUUCUGGGCUUUGUAUAGGAAGGGUGCCCCCUACCCACCAACAUCUUUGUAACAUCUCCGUGACUCUUAACACCUCAGAGGCAGAUCAGUACCUAUUACCCAGUAAUAACAGCUGGUGGGCAUGUAGUACUGGGCUCACCCCCUGUGUAUCCACUUCUGUUUUUAAUCAGUCCAAAGAUUUCUGUGUUAGGAUUCAGCUAGUACCCCGUGCCUAUUACCAUUCUGAAGAAGUGGUCAUAGAAGCUUAUGAUACUGAAUUAAAAUGAGUCAGAAGAGAACUGGUUUCUCUUACACUAGCAGUCAUGCUGGGGUUAGGCGUGGCGGCAGGCAUAGGGACAGGGACCACUGCCCUAAUCAAGGGAACCCAGGAUUUACAACACGGCCUUGACACUCUGCAGGCUGCUAUGGAUCAGGAUUUACAGGCCAUCCAGGAUUCAGUUACUAAACUGAAAGAUUCCCUUACCUCCCUAUCGGAAGUGGUCAUGCAGAACAGAGAAGAUUAGAUCUAUUAUUCCUUAAAGAAGGAGGGUUAUGUGCAGCGCUUAAAGAAGAAUGUUGUUUCUAUGUUGACCAUUCAGGGGCUAUCAGGGACUCCAUGAGUAAACUUAAAGAAAGACUUAACAAGAGCAGGCUUGAGAGAGAGAGAGCACCCAAAACUCGUAUGAAGGGUGGUUUACUAAGUCUCCAUGGAUGACCACUUUGUUCUCGGCCCUUAUGGGUCCUUUGAUGAUUCUACUACUCCUGCUCACCAUAGGGCCUUGCAUAAUCAAUAAAUUAAUUGCUUUUGUUCGCCAGAGAGUUAGUGCUGUUCAGAUCCUGAUGCUUCACCAACAAUAUCAACAACUAGGGCAAAUCAAUUCAGAAUCCAUAGAACCAGAAUCAGACCUUUAGUUCUAAGAUUAGAAUUAUUUAUUAGAGGGAGUGGGGAUGAGAGACCCCGACUCAAAAUGUAAAGGAUUUUAGGCCCCUAACAAACAAGCCUUUGAGGUCAAGUACACCCUGACCUCGGAAAUAGCCGACAUUUGCUUAACUGAUCCUGAGACGCCCUGUUUCAGGAACUAGCUGACGAAAAAGAAUGUCUGAAUGACUUGCCUUGUGACAAUCUUUACAAUGUUUAACCCCAAGGAUGUUUGUUCCAGAUAAUCUCUAACCCUCCUUAAGGCAUAAACUGUUGCCUGACUUCCUCAUUCUGUACUUCCCCAUUCCAUGCAUAAUUUGUCCUCCACCCCUUGCCUUGUGAAUUCUUUUUCAUCCACCCCCUGCCUUGUUACUGGGGGUCAAUCUCCUCUAGCCCUGCGUGGUUACGGGACAACCCUAGUGCACUGGUUUCUCCCAAAUAAACAUCGUGUGUUUGCAUCAUGAA